AGCGGUGCACUAGAUACGUUGUGUCUUUAAUAAUAAACACUCUAUAUAGUCUAGCUAUUCACAAUGAACUAUAUUAUAUGAGAAUCGUGCCUGUCAAGCCCUAAAAUGCACCUUCCACUCGACCAUCAACGCUUGAAUUUGGAACACAACCGGACUUUGUUACGCCACACUGGUCGACUUUGACGAGUUUAACAUCCGUUUCAUAAUGUCUGGAAUAUUACUGUGUAUAAUAUGUUCUGACCCCUUACUCCCCCAAUUAAGCCAUUACUUUUAUUCUAACUAUCAUUUUUGUAUUUUAUUUUUGGGUCAGUCAUGUGGGUGUUCGGCUACGGCUCCCUUAUUUGGAAGGUGGACUUUCCCUACGAGUUAAAGCGAAUUGGUUACAUUAAGGGCUUCAGUCGUCGCUUCUGGCAGGGUAGCACCGACCACCGCGGAGUGCCUGGUCAACCUGGCCGGGUGGUGACACUUGUGGAGGACCCUGAGAGUUGCGUUUGGGGCGUGGCCUACAAGCUCCCCACAGGCCGCGAGCAGGAAGUGAAGCGCUACCUGGACCACCGGGAAAAGGGCGGCUACCGCGUCAUGACCGUGGCCUUCCACCCGCGCCCGCCGCUGGCGCCGCUUCCCAACCGGACCCUGCUCUACAUCGGCUCUCGGGACAACCCCGACUACCUGGGCCCCGCCCCCUUGGAGGAGAUAGCCAAUCAGAUCGUGCGCUCCACGGGGCCCAGCGGGCAGAACACGGAGUAUCUGUUUCAGCUGGCCGACGCCGUCAGGAGCAUCCUGCCCGAGGACAACGACCCGCAUUUGUUUCGUCUGGAGACGCUCGUACGCCAGAGACUACAGCACGACGCCUCUCGCAAAUAAUUCCAAAGUGUCAUUACAGUGGUGCCUUGAGUUACGAGUUGAAUUUGCGCCGUUAUUAGUGGAAAAAACAUUCACAUUGUGCGCCUCUUCUGUUGUGUACGCUUUGGCCACCAGGGGGCAGUAUAAUACAUAAUAAAUUAAGAAGACAACUCAGCUCAGUAAGCUGCAGUAGUAGUCGUCAUUUUUCGAGGUUAAAGAAUAUAUGCUCGUGUUAUUUCAUCACAUCUAUACGUGUUGCCAGACUGUUUGUGUUCAAAUUCACUGGUUUAAAGGUUUAUAACUACCGUAAAAUCGAUGCGACUUUCAUGAGCCCGUCUAUGGGGUUUUCCAUUGUGCCUUAGCAUGACGCAAGCACACUUCUGCAAGUUGUGUUCAAUAUACAACUUGUAAUUCUUUUAGUUUGCUGUUUCGUUUGACAGUAAACUUCAACUGGGAAUGGCAAAGCCUCGUCAUCAGCUUGAAGCCUCUUCGGAAAAAUUGUUCACCAUCUAUCAAACCGCUGCUUGUUGUGAAGUGAGUCGAAUUCACUGCCGCCAUACACCGCUCUUAUCUCAAGGUUUUCCUCACAAGUCAAAGCAAAACAAAUAUCAAAAGAAAUAAAAAUAAACCGAACAACAGCUCAUCUCUCGAUCGACUCGUAAGCCGAGGUACCACUGCAUUUCACUACAGCUGAUCAUCAGUCUUAGGGUUUAUGUCUGUUUGUAAAGCACACAGUCAAUACGCUACCUUCCGCUUCAAUGUGUUCUUAUGCAAAAGUGUUGUUCCAGUUGGAAGCGAUGACGCAAAAACACUUGCUGUAUCAAUCUACAAGAACAAAGCCAAACGAACAGACGAAGGGGAAGUCCAGCAGAUGUAGAUGGUGAAGGAAACAGAACGACGUUAAAAAAAAAAAAUGUGUUCCCAAAGGUGGACUAGUCAUAUAUUUCAUUAUUUUUUUCCCUUGAGUUUUCUGGAGCUGUUGUGCAUCCCCUUUGGUCUGAAGCCCCAGUGAGUACAAAGUUCAGAUUUUGAGCAUGAACUAGUCUGAGCACAAAAACUGAGCAUCUAUUUGUAUAGUUAGAUAAUUACUCAUGUUCCAUUUUGUGGGUUUCAUCUGGAUGAAACAACAUAUUUCUGCACGUGUUUCUGUUUAUGAACACAUGAAAAAACAAUUAAAAUAUUAAAGCUUAGCCUUACCUGAAACAGGGUUCUAACCGGCAAUCUUUCUGUUGUGAGACGACCGCUUGAUCCAAUGGACUGUCCACAAAACUGAAUUAAAAAGUACAUGUCUGUG